GUAUAAUAGUAGGAUGUCUCGUAGAUGGAGAGAUGAUUGAAUGCAUGCAGUCAGCAGUCAAUUGACCUUGACACGAUACCAUUCAAUCCUUCCAUCAUCGACAUGUCUCUUCUCAAGGCUUUCUCUGCCAUUGCAGCUCUUACAGCUGGCCAUGUUAAUGGUCUGGCAGUAAGACAGUCCUCGACUGGAACAGCAACUGUUGAUAUUGCGAACCCCAGUGGCCCGGCCAAGUUCCUGGGUUCCGGCUUCACCUACGGAUUCCCCGAUAACGGAAGAGACAUUGACACCUCAAUCCCCGACUCCUUUGUCACGGACAUCAAGUUCCACGCCAGCCGUGCCGGGGGUGCCCAGAUUCUUGCCCCCGGUUGGAUCGGCGGACUCGACGGAUAUCAGCAGCGCUUCGACUCGGCCCUCUCCAACUACCGAACCACACGCAAGUACGGAGCCGACUUCAUCCUCUUGCCCAAUGACCUCUGGGGUGCCGACGGCGGUCAGACGGGAGGCUCGACCUUCCCCGGUGACAACGGUAACUGGACAGAGACCGAGGUUUUCCUUCACCGUCUUGUCGAUGAUAUCAAGUCGAACAACAUGCUCCACAGGCUCGUCUUUGACAUCUGGAAUGAGCCUGAUCUUGACAUCUUCUGGGCUCGAUCGUGGGAUCAGUACCUAGACUACUAUGUUCGGGCUCACAAGAUCAUCAGGGCCGAACUUCCAGACACUUUAAUCAGCGGACCAUCUGCCGCCAACGCCCCAGCUGUCGACUUGGACAAUUGGAAAGCUUGGAUGUCCGCCGUGGCAGCCAACGACGCCAUUACCGACAUCUACUCCUGGCAUCAGAUCGGCGACUGGCAACGUGAACCCGAUAGAGUCGUUCCCGACUUCAAGUCUCUCCAGAGUACCUACAACCUCCCAGAUCGACCAAUCGACCUGAACGAGUACGCCUGGCCAUCCGAGCAGAACCCAGCCAACGGAGUUUUCUACCUCGCCCAGCUUGAACGCCACAACCUCCGCGGUCUUCGCGCCAACUGGGGUAGUGGCUCCGACUUGCACGACUACAUGGCCGACCCUCUCUUCAAGGACGCCAGGGGAACGUGCAAGCCCAACGGAGAAUGGCAUGUGUACAACGUCAAGAUCCUCGCGGGAACCAGGACCGUUCAGAAGAAUUACGAGAUCAAGAUUUCUGGACUCAGCAAACUUGGUCUCCCCAGCGACGGUUCUGUCCAAGUCCGUACUCUUCGUUUUGUCUGGGCUGGCACCGAGGUUGAGGUUGGGGAGCCAGUUGAUUUGGGUGUUACCAGCCUUUCAUCCGCUUCCGACAGCCUUACGAUCCUCGUCGAGCCGCCUACCAACUCCACAGCGUUCGCGUUUGAGCUCUUCUGAGUUUGGGAGAGGCUCUUACCAGCUGACUCUAUCAGCAAAUCCGGUCCCCUGAAUGUCAUCAGAGGCAAUGAAAGGAUGGACCUGAACAUAUGUACCCUUCUCUGUAGAUAGAUCGAUCCUAUUUUGCUAGUAUAUAACCAAAAUUGCACGAGUACUCCGCAGGAAGCAACUUAUUCUAAACAUUUACGACAUGAGACUCAGCAAUCUCAAUCACGGCGAGUCCGACGUGUCAAUAUUCAAGUGAUGAAGGAGUACCUGCAUGUAACCAACUUAUGGCAAAAUCCUUCACGUAGAACGUCGAUGACUCAAAUGUGAGGCUUGGCUCAUUAUUUCGUGUGAUCACUUGUGACAUCGA